AUGACUGAUUUUAGUAUUACUGAAACAUAUUUAAAUUUUUUACAAGAAGAUUCGGAAAUGACUAUGCCUAUAGCAGCCAUUGAAUCUUUAGUUAUGCUAUUGAAACAUACUCAACCAACUACUUCAGCGGAAAUGAUCAAUAAAAUUAAAGAGGCUACUGUUGAACUAACAAAUUCUAUUCCAAACUCUAUUUCUUUACGUGCCGGCUGCGACAUUUUUAUGAGAUUUGUUUUAAAAAACACACAUUAUUUAGCCAAAAACGAUGAUGAUGGAUGGGAGAAUUUCAAGCAACAUUUGAUUGAAAAUGGACAAUUAUUUGUUCACAGGGCAAAGCAAAGUCGUGACAAGAUUGCUGAUAUAGGUAUUGAUUUUAUUGCAGAUGACGAUAUUAUUCUGGUGCAUGGAUACAGUAGGGCUGUUUACCAAUUGUUAAGUAACGCAGCUGAUAAGUUAAUUAGGUUUAGAUGUAUUGUUACGGAAAGCAGGCCGACCAUGCAAGGGAAGCAGCUUUGUGAACAAUUAGACAAGAAAGGGGUCCCAGUGAGUUUAAUUGUUGAUGGCGGAAUUGGCAGUAUAAUCCAUAAAGUUGAUAAGAUAAUGGUUGGUGCCGAAGGUGUUGUGGAAAGUGGUGGUGUUAUAAACUUAAUUGGUACUUAUGGUCUCGGUGUCUUAGCCAAAAACGCUAGAAAACCAUUUUAUGUAGUUACUGAAAGUCACAAAUUUGUUAGGAUGUUCCCUUUAUCAUCAAAUGAUUUGCCUCAAGAAAGAGACCCAUUGGAAUUUUCUCAAAACUUCCAAGGUCAACUUAGUAGCCCAUUAUUAGAUUUUACAUCAUAUGAUUAUAUUACUGCGUUGGUUACGGACUUGGGUGUGUUGACACCAAGUGCAGUUUCUGAAGAAUUAAUUAAAAUGUGGUAUGAUUAG